GGGAGAAACUGAGGCGGGGUUGAGGGAGCCUGCGGGCCCGGCUGGAGCACCCAUCCCGCGGGCCUCCUGCUCUCAACACGGGACGCGGGCCAUUAGGGCGGUUUCCCUCCGGAGCCCAGAGGGCUCAGGCCGCCGCCAGUAAGGCCGGCCGGCUGGGAGCCCAGCGAAGACGGGCCGAGGGGGCGGGCCCGAAGCCUCGGCCUCGCCUCCGCCCGCGCAGCGCCGCGCCCGCGGCUUCCCGGCCGCUCGUUCGGGGCGGCCUCCCGGAGCCCGGAGCUCUGCCCGGGGAGCGCCGCCACCAUGCUGCAGAAGCGAGAGAAGGUGCUGCUCCUGAAGACCUUCCAGGGCCGGACGCUGCGGAUCGUGCGGGAGCAUUACCUGCGGCCCAGCGUGCCCUGCAACAGCCCGCUAUGCCCUCACCCCGCCUCCUGCCACAACGAUGGAAAACUCUUGUCUAGUGAUGUGACUCAUUAUAUGAUCCCAGAUUGGAAAGUUGUGCAAGAUUAUCUCGAGAUCCUUGAAUUUCCUGAAUUGAAGGGAAUUAUUUUCAUGCAAACUGCUUGUCAAGCUGUGCAACAUCAAAGAGGCCGGAGACAGUAUAACAAAUUGCGAAAUCUCCUGAAGGAUGCACGUCAUGAUUGCGUUCUCUUUGCUAAUGAAUUCCAGCAGUCCUGCUAUCUCCCUCGGGAAAGAGGGGAGUCCAUGGAAAAGUGGCAGAGCAGGAGCAUAUACAAUGCAGCUGUUUGGUUCUAUCACCACUGCCAGGAUAGGAUGCCAGUUGUCAUGGUGACAGAAGAUGAAGAGGCAGUUCAGCAGUAUGGAAGUGAAACAGAAGGAGUGUUUGUGAUUUCCUUCAAGAGUUACCUGGACAAUUUUUGGCCUGAUUUAAAGGCUGCCCACGAGCUUUGUGAGUCUAUUGUUCAGUCUCGACGGGAAAGAGAGAAUGAGAGUCAGGAAAGCCACGGGAAGGAGUACCCAGAACAUCUGCCCCUGGAAGUGUUGGAAGCUGGCAUUAAAUCUGGGCGCUACAUUCAGGGAAUUCUGAAUGUCAACAAACACAGAGCACAAAUAGAAGCUUUUGUCCGACUUCAAGGAGCCAGCACUAAAGAUUCAGGUCUAGUCAGUGACAUCCUAAUCCACGGGAUGAAGGCUCGAAACCGCUCCAUUCACGGAGAUGUGGUUGUGGUCGAACUGCUCCCUAAAAAUGAAUGGAAAGGAAGAACCACCGCCCUGGGUGAGAAUGAUGGUGAUGACAAGGCCUCGGGGGAGUCCCCCAGUGAGCCCAUGCCCACAGGCAGAGUGGUGGGCAUCCUUCAGAAGAACUGGCGGGAUUAUGUGGUGACAUUUCCAUCCAAAGAAGAGGUCCAAUCUCAGGGCAAAAAUGCUCAGAAAAUCCUAGUUACACCUUGGGAUUACAGAAUUCCCAAAAUCCGAAUUAGCACUCAGCAAGCAGAAGCCCUCCAGGACUUCAGGGUGGUUGUGCGAAUCGAUUCAUGGGAGUCAACAUCCAUGUAUCCAAAUGGACAUUUUGUACGUGUUUUAGGAAGAAUCGGAGAUCUGGAAGGGGAAAUUGCAACCAUCCUGGUGGAAAAUAGUAUUUCAGUUGUCCCAUUCUCUGAAGCUCAGAUGUGUGAGAUGCCAGUAAACACACCCGAAAAUCCCUGGAAGGUGAGUUCUGAAGAGGAACGAAAACGUAAAGACCUGAGGAAAACCCAUCUGGUGUUCAGCAUUGACCCCAGAGGUUGUGAAGAUGUGGACGACACCCUCUCAGUCAGAGCCUUAGAUAAUGGCAACCUGGAGCUCGGGGUUCACAUUGCAGAUGUGACGCACUUUGUGGCACCACAUUCCUAUAUUGACAUUGAAGCCAGAUCAAGGGCCACCACUUACUACUUAGCGGACCGCCGCUAUGACAUGCUGCCCUCCAUCCUCAGCGCCGAUGUGUGCUCCCUUCUGGGAGGUGUGGAUAGGUAUGCUGUAAGCGUCAUGUGGGAAUUGGAUAAAACCUCCCAUGAAAUUAAAAACGUCUGGUAUGGCAGAACCAUUAUUCGUUCAGCAUAUAAACUGUUUUAUGAAGCAGCCCAGGAACUACUGGACGGAAACUUCAGCAUUGUUGAUGAUAUUCCAGAAUUCAGGGACUUGGAUGACAAGAGCCGACAAGCCAAGCUAGAGGAGUUAGUGUGGGCCAUCAGAAAGUUGACUGACAUAGCCCGCCACAUCCGAGCCAAACGAGACCUUUGUGGUGCCCUGGAGCUGGAAGGAGUAGAGGUUCGAAUCCAACUAGAUGAGAACAAGAACAUUCAUGACCUCAUCCCCAAGCAGCCCCUGGAAGUCCAUGAAACCGUGGCUGAGUGUAUGAUCCUGGCCAACCACUGGGUAGCCAAGAAGAUCUGGGAGAGCUUCCCUCACCAGGCAUUGCUGCGCCAGCACCCUCCUCCACACCAGGAGUUUUUCUCUGAACUCCGAGAGUGUGCUAAAGCAAAGGGUUUCUUCAUAGAUACACGGUCCAAUAAAACACUGGCUGAUUCUCUGGAUAAUGCAAAUGACCCCAACGAUCCCAUUGUCAACCAGUUGCUUCGAUCAAUGGCUACACAGGCCAUGUCUAAUGCACUGUAUUUCUCUACUGGAUCGUGUGCCGAGGAAGAGUUCCAUCACUAUGGUCUUGCAUUAGAUAAAUAUACUCACUUUACUUCUCCAAUAAGAAGAUAUUCAGAUAUUAUAGUACACCGAUUGUUAAUGGAAGCCAUUUCAAAAGAUAAGAAAAUGGAAAUUAAGGAAAAUUUGUUCAGCAAUAAAGAUCUUGAGGAAUUAUGUAAACAUAUCAACAACAGAAACCGAGCAGCACAGCACUGUCAGAAGCAGUCUACUGAGCUCUUCCAAUGCAUGUAUUUUAAAGACAAAGACCCAGACACUGAGGAGCGUUGCAUAUCUGAUGGGGUUAUUUAUUCAAUUAGGACAAAUGGUGUGCUUGUAUUUAUACCAAGGUUUGGGAUUAAAGGUGCUGCUUAUCUAAAAAAUAAAGAUGGUCUGGUGAUCUCAUGCGGCCAAGAUAGCCAUUGUGAAUGGAAACCAGGAUCCCUUCAACGACUUCAAAACAAAAUCACCUCUACCACAACAGGAGGGGAAUCUGUUACGUUCCACUUGUUUGACCAUAUAACAGUGCGAAUAUCUGUACAGGCCUCCCGUUGCCAUGCUGACACAAUAAGGCUUGAAAUAAUAAGCAACAAACCAUACAUGAUACCAGAUACUGAACUUUUUCAUCAGAGUGCCCUCUUGCUAAAGAGUGACUUAGUGAAAGAAGUAACUAGAUCUGUGGAGGAAGCUCAGCUUGCUCAAGAAGUCAAAGUAAAUGUCAUUGAAGAAGAUUAUCAAAAAUAUUGCCAAACAAAGGGAAGAAGCCUAUACACACUUCUAGAGGAGAUAAGAGACCUAGCUCUACUGGAUGUUUCGAACAGUUAUGGAAUAUGAAAUACUCUUCUUAUUUCAUUGAAAGACCUUUGUCGUAUGUGAAUGUUUCACCUUAUUUUCGACAUGAAUAUCUAAUUUCCUGUGUCACCCAGUGUUCUAGUUGGUAUGUGUGGAAUAUUUUUCUCAGUAUUAAAUUUGCAUUAAAUAAAGUACAAUUAGGUUA